AUGAACGAAGAUUAUAAGGGUAUGACGAACGCGCUUGACCGCAUCGACGCGGCUGUCAGGCCCUCGGUGACGGAAGAAGCUGUCGAUGAAGCCUUCUGGUACACUCGGCUGGAGACCGCUGUGCAGUCCUUGGUCGAGGAACGCAACCGGAUGCAAUGCGAAGUCGUGAAUUCCAAGGCGAUCGCCGAGCACAACCAGCGCCUGGCUAUGUCCAAUCAGCGCAAACUAGAAGAGGCCGAGAAGGAGCUGAGGCGGCUCAGGCGGGCACUGGAUGCCUACUCUCCUGAGGAGGAAGAGAUGCCCGAGUACAUACCACUGGCAGUGGGCAGUCAACGACAUAGGCCGCUGUGGCCUUUGAGGUAA